GAGAGGCAAGGAGUCGUUAAGGCGGUUAUCCAGACGCGGGAAGUCGGAAGCGCGACGCAGAGACAGCACGCCGCGAAGCGAAAUCCAUGGCCGCCGCCGUCGUCGCCCGCGAGAGGGACGGCGACAGGGAGCUCCUCAUCCCCGUCGGCGAGACGGCCCUGGAGUUCCACCACCACAAGGAUGGCGCACCCCCGGCCGCGAUCUCCUCUCCUCCGCCUGCCUCCCACCACACGCCCACCGGCAUCGAGGCACUUUCUAAAGUCAUUCGCAGCUGGGCUUCCAAAACGUUCAUGACUGGUUGUGUAAUUCUCCUUCCAAUUGCCAUCACCUUUUACACUACCUGGUGGUUCUUUAGUUUUGUGGAUGGAUUCUUUUCACCUAUAUAUGCUCAUCUUGGAAUUAAUGUUUUCGGUUUAGGAUUUAUCACCUCAAUCACCUUCAUCUUUCUUGUUGGAAUGUUCAUGUCGUCAUGGUUGGGAACUUCUCUACUUGGCCUUGGUGAGUGGUUCAUCAAGAAAAUGCCACUUGUGCGCCACAUCUACUCCGCAUCGAAACAAAUAAGUGGAGCAAUUUCUCCAGAUCAGAGCUCCCGAGCUUUCAAGGAGGUGGUCAUUCUAAGGCAUCCACGCAUCGGUGAAUACGCAAUUGGCUUCAUUACAUCGACUGUGAUUCUUCGAGGAAGCAGUGGAGACGAGGAGCUCUCUUGUGUGUAUGUGCCAACCAAUAACCUCUACCUUGGCGACAUCUUUUUCUUCAACUCAAUGGAUGUGAUCAGACCAAACUUGUCUGUACGCGAAGGGAUCGAGAUUGUUCUUUCAGGUGGCAUGUCGAUUCCUCCUGUAUUAUCUACUCGUAAAGUGAAGGAUACUCUUGAAGAAGAAGUGAGGAUUCUGCAAAACCCAAAAUUGCUGAGUGUGAAGGAUUAAAGAUUUUUGUUGCAAGUAGCUGUUGUCAAUGUGAAUUCCACAAUGAAUCGAAACUACAGUUUCCAAAAGCAUGAUCUCGAGGCAUAUGGAGUAAGGAAUUACAAUCUAUGUUAUGAACUUAUGCUGUGCAACAAUGCAAGCAUUAUUUUUUCUGAAUGAAUUGUUGUGUAGCUUUGAUGA